AGGGAGUCCGCAUCCCCACACACACACAACAAGACGGGACUUUUAGCCAAAGCACAGCGGGAGGAGAGUACUUUCAGUUUGACUUCGAAGAGCUUCUUUACAUGGGGACAAAAAAUGACAUCUACAGCAAGCGAAAGGAGGGCGUUUGCUCAUAAAAUCAACCGGACGGUAGCUGCAGAGGUCAGAAAACAAGUUUCCAGAGACUAUGGCUCUCCUCAGCUGACCAAGAAACGAGGAGGCGCACACCACCCUUUGCCAUUGACGGAGGUGGUUGAGCCAGUGGACUUUGAGGAGUAUGUGAGCAGUCAUGCUCCCGGGGUGGAGCCCGGACCGCUCAGACAGCUAAUGGAGUUCCCCCAGGAUGACUUGGAGCUCCUCCAGCUGGACAAAGAGUGCAUUACACUGGAGCCCCCACUGCCUGAGGAGGAGGACUCUGUGGAUCCCAGAGUGAGAGAUGCUUUGGCAGUCUACACAGAUGACUGGCUCGUCAUUCAAAGAAAAUAUCAGCGCUCCAGCACCAUUUACACCCCUCACAGCUCUGAGCGACAGAGGGAGAGGCAGCGGGGGCUGGUCAAACAGACCUUUGAGCUGGACGAGGUUGCUGCUGCAGAUCGGCAUGACGAUCAGGAUGACGCAAAGCGGCGGUCAGUCAGCCUCGAUGAGACUCCUCGGGGCAGCUGGGCCUCCAGCAUCUUUGACCUGAAGAAUUCCUCCCCAGACGCUCUCCUGCAGUCUGUGCUGGAACGUGCAGCUGCAGAGGACAUGGACCGCCGCAAUGCUGAGGCACGCCUGCAGGGGCGCCACAGUGACCUGCUGGGCCUGUACCCUCCCCCCGAUGAGGAUGAAGCAGUAGAGAGAUGCACAGUUCCUGAAGUGCCCAAGGAACACUGUGGCCAGAGGAUUAUGGUCAAGUGUCUGUCUCUGAAGUUUGAAAUAGAAAUUGAGCCAAUAUUUGGAACACUUGCCCUUUAUGACGUCAAAGAAAAGAAAAAGAUCUCUGAGAAUUUCUACUUUGACCUGAACUCGGAUCAGAUGAAAGGGCUGCUUAAACCCCACACACCUCACGUAGCCAUUUCCACACUGGCCCGUUCUGCCAUUUUCUCCAUCACAUACCCAUCUGCCGACAUCUUCUUGGUCAUUAAGCUCGAGAAAGUCCUUCAGCAAGGGGACAUUGGAGAAUGCUGUGAACCCUACAUGGUUAUGAAAGAGUCAGAUUCCUCCAAGCACAAAGAGAAGUUGGAGAAGCUGCGUCUCCAGGCAGAGCAGUCAUGUAGUCGUCUUGGACGAUUUCGCAUGCCUUUUGCCUGGACAGCUAUUCACCUUGUCAACAUCGUGAGCAGUGUGGGAGGUCUGGAUCGGUCAGACCCUGACUCUGACUCUGAGCGAAAAGGACAUGGGACAUGGAAUGAGAGAAAGAAGAAGGGCUUUGAGCGUAUGAGUGUUGGCGAUGACAUGUGUAAUUUUGCCACUUUCCGUCCCGCAACACUGACCGUCACCAACUUCUUUAAACAGGAGGGGGACCGACUGAGUGAUGAGGACCUCUAUAAGUAUCUGGCAGAUAUGCGCAGACCGUCCUCUGUUCUGCGACGACUGAGGCCUGUCACAGCCCAGUUGAAGAUUGACAUCUCUCCAGCUCCGGACUCUCCUCAUUACUGUCUGUCACCAGAGCUGCUUCACGUGAAGCCGUAUCCUGACCUGCGCGUUCGCCCAACCAAAGACGUGCUGGAGUUUCCUGCUCGCUAUGUAUACACACCCCACACGACCUACAGGAACUUGCUCUAUGUUUACCCACAAAGUCUGAACUUUAGCAGCCGUCAGGGCUCAGUGAGGAACAUUGCUGUGAAGGUUCAGUUCAUGGCAGCAGAGGACCCCAGUCAAGCUCUGCCGGUCAUCUUUGGGAAGUCGAGUUGUGCUGAGUUCAUGCAAGAUGCUUACAGUCCCAUCAUCUACCAUAACAAGUCUCCUGAGUUCUAUGAGGAGAUAAAGAUGAAGAUUCCUGCCAACCUGACAGACAACCACCAUCUGCUGUUCACCUUCUACCACAUCAGCUGCCAGCCAAAACAGAACACUCCUCUGGAGACCCCUGUGGGCUACACUUGGAUCCCUCUGAUGCAGCAUGGCCGACUACGCACCGGCUCCUUCAGUUUGCCCGUUUCAGUGGAAAAGCCUCCACCUAGCUACUCUGUACUCACCCCUGACGUUCAGCUCCCAGGCAUGAAGUGGGUGGAUAAUCACAAAGGAGUGUUCAAUGUCGAGGUGACAGCAGCAUCCUCAGUUCAUACUCAGGACCCCCACCUGGAUAAGUUCUUCACUCUAGUGUAUGUUCUGGAGGAGUACUCCUUCCCCUUCCGCCUGAAGAACGUCAUCAUUACCGAGGCAAACAUGGAGGGCGAGCUGAAGGCCAGCAUGGCUGCACUGAGAGGGGCUCUGCUGGAUACCUGCGUCAGGUUCCUGCACCAGCUGCUCAACAAGCUCAUUCAACUCAUCGUCUAUCCACCGGUCAUUUCAGGCCAAAUUGUGAACCUGGGCCGGGCUGCUUUUGAAGCCAUGGCUUUAUUGGUCAACCAGAUCCACAAAAACCUGGAGGGCAACCAGGACCAGCACGGGCGCAACAACCUGCUGGCGUCCUACGUUCAUUACUGCUUCCGCUUGCCAACCGCCGAACCUACAGUUCCCCCAACAGGAGCUGGCACGCAUUCCUACGAGAUGCCUAUACAGUACGCCACCUUAUCAAAAGCAACAGCCCGGCCAAGCAGCCUCCACCUGGCUCGCUCCAAGAGUAUCAGCAACUCCAACCCGGACCUGGCCAGCACUCCAGUUUCUCCUGAUGAAGAGGUGCAGAGGAUCAUAGGGAGCAAGGGUAUUGACCGCUCCCACUCCUGGGUAAACUCUGCUUACGCCCCUGGGGGCUCCAGAUCUGUGCUACGCCGAAACCCCAACUCCAGCUGUGAGCUCAAGCAGGCACACGACCGCAGCUGCAAUCGCAUGUCUGCAUUUCUGGACAGCGUGGCCUUGUUUUCAGUUCCCACAAGGCAGAUUGCCAAGAAGCUGCUCCAUGAGGAGCUGGCAUUGCAGUGGGUGGUCAGCACCAGUACAGUGAGGGAAGCGGCGCUGCAGCAGGCCUGGUUUUUCUUCCAGCUCAUGACAAAGAGCAUGACCCAUCACUUAUUCCUGACCUCGAAAUUGGACAUUGCCAGGCGUCAACGUUUCCCAGACCGAUUUGUGGACGACAUCGCUGCACUUGUGUGUGCCAUCAGUGCCGACAUCGCUGGUCGAUACCAUAAGGAUGUGGAGCUUGUGGAGAGGUUGAAUAGCAGUCUGGCCUUCUUCCUGAAUGACCUGCUGUCUCUAAUGGACCGGGGCUUUGUGUUCAACCUCAUCCGCUCCUACUACAAACAGAUUGCAAACAAGCUUCACACGGCGCAGAACCCCAGCUCUCUGAUCGCCCUGAGGGUGGACUUCACUCGUAUUAUCUGCAGCCACGAGCACUACGUCAUCCUCAACCUGCCGUGCUCCACUCUCAGCCCUCCAGCCUCCCCCUCCCCCUCCACCUCCUCCACCACCUCACAGAGUUCAGCGUUCUCCAGCAUGGUACAGGACCAGGGUGUGGCCACCAUGUUCGAGCUCUCCGUCCCUUUCCGGCAGCAGCACUUCCUGUCUGGCCUGCUGCUCACUGAGCUCUCUCUCAUCCUGGAUCCUGAUGGAGAAGGGGUUUUCUUCCUUCAUAAAAAGGCCAUUAGUGCUGUUCACUCCCUGCUGUGCAGCCAUGAUGCAGACCCUCGUUACGCUGACCCUCAGGUCAAAGCCCACGUCGCUCAGCUCUACCUGCCCCUCAUCCCCAUUGUCAUGGAGACGUUGCAUCAGCUACACGACUUCUCUGACUCCUCGCCUGCUCGGGUCCGCCAUGCCUCAGCCCACGCCGACGAUUCUGACCCAGACAGCGGCAACACUAUCAGUCAGUCUGUUGCCAUGGCGAUUGCCGGCUCCCCUUUGCCGCAUGUCAAAGCAAACCCGUUUGCACUGCCCACAGUGGCUGGGCGCCAGACCAGCUCUCUGUCUGCCGAGUGCAGCAGGACUCUGCUGGUGAGCUUCCUGUGGGUGCUUAAGAAUGCAGAUGCGGCUCUCCUGGAGCGCUGGGUGUCUGAUUUGUCUGUACUGCAAAUCAACCGCCUGUUGGAUCUGUUGCAUCUCUGUGUCUCCUGCUUUGAAUACAAGGGGAAGAAGACUCUGGAGAGGAUCAACAGCCUGACAUUUAAAAAGUCUCAGGACAUGAAAGCCCGACUGGAGGAGGCCAUACUAGGCACCAUCGGGGCUCGUCAAGAGAUGGUCCGUCGUUGCAGAGAAAGGAGUCCCUAUGGCAGCCAGGAGAAUGUGAGGUGGAGGAAGAAUGUCACUCACUGGAAACAAAAUACUGACAGAGUCGACAAGACUAAAACUGAGAUGGAGCAGGAGUCUGUGGUUGAUGGAAACUUAGCUACUGAGGGCUCUCUGAUAGUUCUGGACACACUGGAGAUUAUAGUCAAGACUGUUGUUGCAUCAGAGCUGAAGGAAAGUGUUCUGGGAGGAGUGCUGAGAGUGCUUCUCCACAGCAUGGCAGGCAACCAGAGCGCCCUCUUCCUGCAGCACUGCUUCACUACACAAAGGGCUCUGGUUUUCAAGUUCCCAGAGAUGCUGUUUGAAGAGGACACAGAGCUUUGUGCGGACCUGUGCCUGCGUCUGCUGCGUCACUGCAGCAGUAGUGUCGGCUCUGUCAGAAGUCACGCCUCUGCCUCUCUUUACCUGCUCAUGAGGCAGAACUUUGAGAUUGGAAAUAACUUUGCUCGAGUAAAGAUGCAAGUCACAAUGUCCCUGUCAUCACUGGUGGGAACAUCACAAAACUUCAAUGAGGAGCAUCUGCGUCGCUCGCUCAAGACGAUCCUGACAUAUGCUGAAGAGGACCUGGAGCUGCGCGACACGCCCUUCCCAGAGCAGGUCCAAGAUCUGGUGUUCAACUUGCACAUGAUUCUUACUGACACUGUAAAGAUGAAAGAGCAUCAGCAGGAUCCAGAGAUGCUCAUUGACCUCAUGUACAGGAUUGCAAAGGGCUACCAGAACUCCCCUGACCUGCGUCUGACGUGGCUGCAGAACAUGGCAGGAAAACACUCUGAGAGAGGGAACCACGCUGAGGCUGCCCACUGUCUGGUCCACAGCGCAGCACUCGUGGCAGAGUACCUCAACAUGCUGGAAGAUUGCCGCUAUUUGCCAAUUGGUUGCGUCACGUUUCAGAAUAUUUCAUCCAACGUAUUGGAAGAAUCAGCCGUAUCUGAUGACGUCCUGUCUCCAGAGGAGGAGGGGAUUUGUGCUGGCAAGUACUUCAGCGAGUCUGGCCUGGUGGGCCUCCUGGAGCAAGCAGCUGCUUCUUUUAACAUGGCCGCCAUGUACGAGGCCAUAAAUGAAGUGUACAAGAUUCUGCUGCCCAUCCAUGAAGCCAACAGAGACUUCAAAAAGCUGGCAACUGUCCACGGGAAGCUACAGGAUGCAUUCAACAAGGUCUACAACCAAAGUUCAGGAUGGGAGAGAAUGUUUGGGACAUACUUCCGGGUUGGUUUCUAUGGCUGCCGGUUUGGAGACCUGGAUGAACAGGAAUUUGUCUACAAGGAGCCAUCAAUCACCAAAUUAGCUGAGAUCUCCCACCGACUUGAGGAGUUCUACUCAGAGAGGUUUGGGGACGAGAUGGUUGAAAUUAUUAAGGACUCCAACCCAGUGGACAAAAACAAACUGGAUCCAAACAAGGCCUACCUCCAAAUCACUUAUGUUGAGCCGUUCUUCGACACAUACGAGCUAAAGGAAAGAGUCACCUACUUUGAUAAGAACUACAACCUGCGUACCUUCAUGUACUGUACUCCCUUCACUCUGGACGGCCGAGCCCACGGCGACCUGAAUGAGCAGUAUAAACGCAAAAGCAUCCUUACAACAUCUCACGCCUUCCCUUACAUCAAGACACGCAUCAACGUUAUCCACAAGGAGGAGAUCAUUCUUGUCCCCAUGGAGGUCGCUAUUGAGGACAUGCAGAAGAAGACUCAGGAGCUCGCCUUCGCAACAACCCAAGACCCUGCAGACGCCAAGAUGCUGCAGAUGGUGCUGCAGGGCUGUGUGGGCACCACAGUCAACCAGGGCCCCCUUGAGGUGGCGCAGGUCUUUCUCUCCGACAUUCCUGAUGACCCGAAGCUGUUUCGCCAUCACAACAAACUGCGUCUCUGCUUUAAAGACUUCACUAAGAGGUGUGAGGAUGCCCUGAGGAAGAAUAAAGCCCUGAUUGGACCAGAUCAGAAGGAGUACCACAGAGAGCUGGAGAGGAACUACAAUAAACUGAAAGAAGCUCUGGGUCCUCUCAUCAACCGCAAGAUCCCCCAGCUAUACAGAACCCUGCCAGCUCAGACUACGCAAACACAACGGAACUCCUACAGCAGGUCCAGUCUCCGCAGAGUCGACUGUUGAGGCACAACAGAAAAACUGGAAAACACCACAGAAAAACAAGCUUUAGAAAUUAGCCACAUCUCAUCCCUUGUCUGUUCUCCCUCCCCCCACUGUGUUGCACACCAACUGUCACAAGCACACACGCACCGUCCUCUUCCUUGUUACUUCCCCCCCACCCCCCGGCCACCCAGACACGAUAUAAUCCCCCUACCCCGCAACACACACACACACUCUUGUCACCUCUUUUCCUGCUGAAGCAUCUCCCCCGUCACACCUCUGUAGGAAAAAACCUCGGCUGUUUAUACUGGAAGGUUAUCUGCACUGUAAACAUCGACAUUGGGAGAAAGGCUCUGACAUGUCAGUGCUUUAAAACCAAGCUUUCAAAGACGGUCUCCUCACAGUAACCUCUCAGAACUUGAUCUAACUUUAAGUUUUCACAGAACUAGAGCUGCCAAACAUAUUUUGCUUCCACAUUGUUUGGGUAUUCAUCUAUAAGCAUAUCUGUUUUCAUUUUGCUUUGAGUGUUUGCUUUUAAAGAGCCUGUAGUUUGUCUGUUUUGUGUCGUGGCCUUAUUUAAUUUGUAAGAUAUUUUUUUCUAAACUAUGCCUGGUAGUAGUCAAUGCCAGACUUGGUUAUUAAAUAGUCCCAGGGAGUUUUCUUUUGUUAUCAACAGACCAAAUAACUGACAUUCCUUCUUCCUCAAGUUGUCACAUUUAUCUGCCUAUCUCUUGUUAUAAGAAUUAAUUAAAGAGCGGAGGUGGGAUCAUCCUGUCCAAGCUCAGGCCUCAGUCAGGAAUGAACUGUGGUAUCAGUUUGUUUUUUUUAAAAGGAAGGUUGUUGUAGUGGGGGAAAUGGGAUGGGAUGUUUAAAUCUGUUUUUUAAAACUGUGAAAUUCUCUUGUAAUGCACUGCAGUCACAUCAGAUGUUUAUCAUAGAAACACUGCCGUCGGCCAGGCCGUCUCCUUCAUCCACACAAAUAUGUUCAAACUGACAUUUUGUAUCACCCUGCAGUAGUCCGAUAACUGAAUACAUUUUGUCUGUGUGGUAUAAGGCAAGUCUUCUUCUGACUGGGUUUGAACUGCUGUCAAAAAGCACUCCAGAUGUCCUGUGCGUGUCCAACACCCUGGCUGGGGCAGAUUUAUAUCCACUGUAGCUAUUUCCAACUACUGUAUCUAUUAUAUUGCACUAUUGUAAACAAACUGCAGCACAUUAACACUGUAACUACUAAAAUGUCCAUGCUUUUGUUAUUUUGAAAGGCUGUUUUUUUUUUUUUUUUUUUUUACCAAUUAGAAAAACAUUUUUUUUUAUUUAUUUACACUUUUUUACUGCUUUCUAUUAAAUAUUCCUUCCUAUGCCUCUGGUCAGCUUUUAUUUGUGUUGAGAGCUGUUGUGUAGCAACAAUAACAUAAUGAUGUACACAUACACUAAAUUUCAAUAUGUAAUAUUUCCUUUAGUCAUCAAAAUGACUGUUAUAUUCAACUAUAUUAUAAUAUAAUCUACUAUUCAUAUUACAUUG